CCCAAAACCAAUCAGUGUGCGCAGCUGCAUCCAACCAGUUUGUAGAAGUUUGGGCGGCCACACCAUGUAGCUAAAUACAUUGACGAUUAAUAUUUGAAAUUCAUCAGUCAGACGGGAACAGAGUAAGGUUAACUUCAGUUAGCACAAUGUAUGGGUUGUUUUAUUUCGUAGACGGGUCCGUUAUUGUAGAUAAUACAUCUAUUAUUCAGGAUGCAUAUAGAAAUGUAGACAUUACAGUCAAACGCAAGGAGGACCUCCAGUCCAAGCAUGGCUGGAUAGAGGUGAUUUUGCCUGCUAGACGCAGGCAAGAUCCAAAGCCGGUUGCAGCCAAACUGCUCUUCUUGUCAGGAAACUACAACGACUUAGUCGAGAAGCGUAUUGCUUUCCUCCAGGGAGAGGAUUUAUGGUCUUCCUUUGGUGAGUCCAGCAAAACGAUUUGCCAGGAGAAGAGGGUGAUGAAGCAAGGAAUGACCUCUGGUUCACAGAUGGCCAAAAUGGGCGAGGAGCUGAAGAGGGACCUAAAGCGGCAACGUACAACAUUACUGGAGUCUGAUUCUGAUGAGACCUGUUGCGACCUAUUUGAUCCUCCUAAAAAACGUAAAUCGGUGGUUGUGAACAGUGAUGAUGAGGAGGACGGCAUCCCUCAGGAGUCUCAGCGGCCAGGGGCAGUGCCUGCCGUUUUUGUCGAGAUGGACGAGGAAACUGCACAGGCUCUGAAAGAGCUGCCAGAACUGGUGUCAUCACUGAAAGCAGUCAUAAACAAAAUGGCAGAUUCAUCUAUUUCCUCCAGCCAAAGUGACUCACCACGCACUAGCAGUGACACUGGCAGUGAAGACAUGAUAUCAUUGGGCACCUCGUCAGUGCAAGUGGCAAAACGUCUGUAUCAGAGGCUGAGUGGGAGGAGGAUGUCCCUCUUCACACAGGAACUGGCCACAUUGGUGUUUGGGAGGGAAACUUUGGCUAAGGCAACCCUCACAGGCAAAGGGAAAAAGGGCGAGCUGAAGGAGCAGCUUGACCCAGAAAAAACCAACGCAAUUAUAGAUGCAGUGAGGGAGCGAUUCCCCAACACAGAGGUGCCUGAAAUUCGUGCCCUUCUACGGAGGAAGUGUAACAAUGAAAGCUCCAAGGCCAUAUCCACCUGUAAUAAUCAGAGUUAGAUGUUGUUUAGUUAGAGGUGCUUUUGUAUAGGUGGAAGCAGAAACCCGAGCUCUGGAGUAAUUGCUUUCACUUCCCACAAACUCGGUUCACAUUGCCUAUGGUUUAGACACAUGCAAAUCCUCUCUCUCUCUGUCUUUCUUUAUUUCUGUCUUUCUCUCUCUUUCUCUGUUUCUUUCUCUCUCGAUCUGUCUUUCACUUUAGAGGAUGGUUUAUGAUUUGAAUGCCAGGCUUCAUUUUUCUUGUGAGUUGUCAAUUUUGUGAUCUAUAGCACAGAGUGGUGUGUAAUUAUGUGUCUGUUAUUGUUGUGUAUUGUAUUAUCAUUCAUGAGAUCAUGAUUAUCAUCGUCCUUUGUUUGAAUUAUGUAUCUUUGUCA